AUGCCCACCACCACCAAGCCCACCAUCCUCCUCACCCCAGGAAUCUGGGAAGGCCCCACGGUCUACAACAAACUCAGCACCCUCACGAAAGCCAGUUACCCCGUCCAAACCAGCUCCCUCGUGAGCACCGGCGCUCCCUCCCCCGGCAAUCCCACCAUGAAGGAUGACGUCGCCGCCAUCCGCGCCCACCUGACCUCGCUGGUGGACUCGCGCGGCCAGCUCGUGGCCGGCCAGCCCGGCGGAGUCAUCGAGAUUGUGUUUCUGGCGGCUGCAGUGUUUUCCGAGGGGCAUGAGCAUGCGCCGUUGCCGUUUGCUUUUGUUGAGGUGAGCCAGCCGGAGAGGGUUAUGGAAGUGAUCCUGGGAGCUGUUGCUGAGUUUAGUUCGUAAGCGAGGGACAUGCGAAGAGAGGGAGAAGUGUAUAUGAAUUCAAUGCGUUGGCGUAGGAUAGCCCUGCUGUCUUUGAAGUUGCUAACGCAGGGUCACCAGAAUAAUGGUUAUCCUAUUAUUCAC